CUGAAAACCCUCUCAACGCCAGGCUGAUCGGAAUAAGAAACUACAAUUCCCAAAGUGCAUUGCAYCGCAGGGUUGCGGGAAGUAGUGACCACCCACCACAGAGCCAUGGUCCACGCCUUCCUCAUCCACACCUUGAGGGCCCCAAAUGUGGAGGACACAAGCCUUUGUCGAGUGCUGUACUCCUGUGUCUUUGGUGCUGAGAAGUCAACUGAUGAUCCUCGACCACAUGGUGCAGAGAGGGAUAGGCUUCUCCGCAAGGAGCAGAUUUUGGCGGUAGCCAGGCAAGUGGAGUCAAUGUGCCAGCUGCAGCAGCAGGCAUCUGGCCGACCCCCAACGGACCUGCAGUCUCCAUCCUCAGACGAGCCUGUGCCCCUGCAGGAGGCUCCACGAGGUGCUUUCCGCCUGGCAGCAGGAGACCCUUUCCAGGAGCCGAGAACUGUGGUGUGGUUGGGAGCGCUCUCGUUGGGCUUUGCCCUGGUGCUGGAUGCCCAUGAGAACCUGCUGCUGGCCGAGAGUACCAUCCGGCUUCUGGCCCGCCUGCUCCUGGACCACCUCCGCCUGCUGACCCCUGGCUCCAGCCUCCUGCUGCGAGCUGACCGCAUUGAAGGCAUCCUUACCCGCUUUCUGCCCCAUGGUCAGCUGCUUUUCCUCAAUGACCACUUUGUCCAGGGUCUGGAGAAGGAAUUCAGUGCUGCCUGGCCCCGCUGACCCCUCACUGGAAUGGGGCUCACUGAGGGGACAGGGAAGGAAUAUAGAGAUUCCACACACAGCCAGGGGAAGCUUGGCAUUUGCCUCCUGCCUGACCUGUUUCUUGCUCUGAUGUGCUGCCAUAUCCAGGACACAUGGAUGGGACAAGCUGGCAGCAAGGGGACCAGUGUGAGGGUAGAAGUGGGACUGUGUCUAUUCUCAGGUCACCAGAAUCACAGAACAUCCUGAACCUAGAACUGCCGUCGUGUGACUUACUCAGACCACUGCAUUAUGUAUGUCCGACCUGACCUAGACUCUGCCUUCCUAAAGCCCCACUAGCCACUAGUGCUGGGGGAUUAGGGGGCGCUGCCUAAAACAGCACASCUUCUCCUUCCAAAGCCUCAGUCAUUGCAGACUCCCUUCAUGGUGGGGGUGGCUAGGCCCACAACCUGGCAGGCCCUGGCCCCUACCUUUGCAAAUACUUAAGCAACAUCAUUGGAGAUUUUGUUAGCAAGGGCCUCCUCUCAGCUAGCUCCACCUCAGUUGAGAAACACUGUUCAGCAGGGCAUCCUGUAGCCCUAGCCAAGCCCUAGCCGAUCAGGUGGGGUUAAGAUGUAGCAUUUGGGAAGUCUGUGCUGGUUGACCUUGUCUUUCUCAUUUUGUAUUAAAACUGCUGGUUGUGUGA